AUGCAUCAUCAUCCUCAUCAAAAUCUUAGCGAUGCUGGCAUAAUGCCACCCUACGAAGCAAUGGCGAUGUACGAGCAACCCAAACCACGUUUCAUCUUCAAAAUGCCGCGGGUUGUGCCCGAUCAGAGAUCAAAAUACGAGAGCGAUGAACUCUUCCGGCGCUUGAGCCGGGAAAGCGAGGUGCGCUAUACGGGCUAUCGGGAGCGGGCGAUUAAUGAGCGUCGGAUGCGUUUUGUGACGGACUGUCGGAAGGGCUAUGCGGAGAUCUCCUUUGUCGUCUCGGGCACAAAUGUCCAACUGUAUUUCAACGCUAAUCACAAUCCCUAUGCACAGGAGCAGGAGUGCGAUUUCGACAAGGAACGCGGUAAAGUUCACUUACGCUCCAGCUUCAUCAUGAACGGGGUCUGUGUGCGUUUCCGCGGUUGGUUGGAUCUGGAGCGUUUGGAUGGGGUUGCCUGUCUGGAGUACGAUGAGGGACGUGCCCUGGUGGAGGAUGCACAGCUGUGCGAGCAAAUCGAUAGCCACAACCAACGCAUCAACGACUCAAAGCGCAUUUAUGUGCAGACGCCGCCACAGGAUGUCAUGCGACGUGGUUCGGGUCCGGGAUCGGGAUCGGGACCACCUAUGGGCUGGUAAAACUAGUCUUUAAGAUUUCUUAAAUAGUU